UUUCUCUUGCCUCCCAGAUCAGCAUCUUCAUGACCCAUUUGUCUAAUUACGGGAACGACCGCCUGGGUUUAUACACCUUUGCCAACCUGGCCAGCUUUGUUAAGAGCUCGACUAACUUGAGGCUGCAGACCCUGCCCCCAGUUCAACUGGCUCAGAAGUACUUUGAGCUCUUCCCAGAGCAGACAGACCCUCUUUGGCAGAACCCGUGUGAUGAUAAACGACACAGGGACAUUUGGUCCAAAGACAAGACUUGUGACCACCUACCCAAAUUUCUCGUGAUAGGACCCCAAAAGACAGGAACAACAGCACUUUAUUUAUUUCUUCUGAUGCAUCCUUCCAUUAUCAGUAACCUCCCUAGUCCAAAAACUUUUGAAGAAGUUCAGUUCUUCAAUGGAAACAACUACCACAAGGGAAUUGACUGGUACAUGGAUUUCUUCCCUACUCCUUCCAACAUCACCACUGACCUCCUCUUUGAGAAAAGUGCCAACUAUUUCCAUUCUGAGGAAGCCCCCAAACGAGCUGCUUCCCUCAUUCCCAAGGCCAAGAUCAUCACCAUCCUCAUCGACCCCUCUGAUCGGGCAUAUUCCUGGUACCAGCACCAGCGAUCCCAUGAGGACCCUGCUGCCCUGAAAUUCAAUUUUUAUGAAGUCAUUACUUCCAGCCAUUGGGCACCCUUGGAGAUAAGGGCUCUCCAGAAGAGAUGCCUGACACCCGGAUGGUAUGCCGUCCAUAUCGAAAGAUGGUUAACUCAUUACCCUGCCUCACAGUUGCUUAUUAUUGAUGGACAGCAGCUAAGAAGUGACCCAGCUACUGUGAUGGAUGAAGUGCAGAAGUUUCUUGGAGUCUCUCCUCAUUAUAAUUACUCCGAAGCUCUAACGUUUGAUCCUCAGAAGGGCUUUUGGUGCCAGUUAUUAGAAGGAGGGAAAACCAAGUGCCUGGGAAAAAGCAAAGGUCGAAAAUAUCCACCAAUGGACCAAGAGUCUCGAGCAUUUCUGUCAAGCUACUACAGAGACCACAACGUGGAGCUGUCCAAGCUGCUGCACAGGCUAGGGCAGCCCCUGCCCUCCUGGCUGAGACAGGAGCUGCAGAAGGUCAGGUAGCACGUAAGGACGGGGGACCCAAACAAGGAGGAUUUCCUUCACCAUCAAACCCCUUGCUUCUCCAACUCACUUGUGAUCAUCAGUAGAGGACCUCAUGAAUAAUGCUCUUUCU